CCUCCGGGACCGGAGGAGUGGGCGCUGCCCCUCGCGGAAGAGCCCCCUGCUCAAUUAGUUCCCGAGUUGAGGCGCGGGGGCAGGGAAGGUGCCUCUCCAACCGCCCAGGCUCCGGAUUCCGCCCGCGGAGCGACGUGCAGCUCCGCGCCCAGGUGGGACUUGGCUUGGUGGCCAUGGGCAAGCAGAACAGCAAGCUGCGGCCGGAGAUGCUGCAGGACCUGCGGGAGAACACGGAGUUCUCGGAGCUGGAGCUUCAGGAGUGGUACAAGGGCUUCCUCAAGGACUGUCCCACGGGCAUCCUCAACGUGGACGAGUUCAAGAAGAUCUACGCCAACUUCUUCCCCUAUGGCGACGCCUCUAAAUUUGCUGAGCACGUCUUCCGUACGUUCGACACCAACAGCGAUGGCACCAUUGACUUCCGGGAGUUCAUCAUCGCGCUGAGUGUGACCUCACGUGGUCGCCUGGAGCAGAAGCUCAUGUGGGCCUUCAGCAUGUAUGACCUGGAUGGCAAUGGCUACAUCAGCCGCGAGGAGAUGCUCGAGAUUGUGCAGGCCAUUUACAAGAUGGUUUCGUCCGUAAUGAAGAUGCCGGAGGACGAGUCGACCCCAGAAAAGAGGACCGAGAAGAUCUUCCGCCAAAUGGACACGAACAACGACGGCAAGCUGUCCCUGGAGGAGUUCAUCCGCGGAGCCAAAAGCGACCCGUCCAUCGUGCGUCUGCUGCAGUGCGACCCCAGCAGCGCCUCCCAGUUCUGAGCGAGAGGACCCAGGUUCCCCCUCCUCCCUGCCUUCACUGGCCCUCUCCCGGCUCUCAGCUUCCUCUCCCUUGUGUCUGUCCAGCCUGGGGGUCAGACUGGGCUCCCCCAGGGCCUGCAUUCCGGGGUCUAUGGAGAAGGGAACCCCGCGGUAGCUCCAAUGCCCAAGCAAGCAAGCGGUCAGCACCUCCCGUCGAGGCAGUAGCUCCCUGAGGCCGUGGUUGAGACGCAGGCUCUGGCUGGGUCAGCCUUCUCUUACCAUUCUCCUGCCCCCCCCCGCCCCCGCCCCUACCCGCAGCCUCAAGCUCCUCCCCGAGCCCCCACCCAGCUCUAGUAGCUCUCGGUUAGGGUGGAGGGGGAAUCAUGCCCAGGUGAGGAGGCUGUCUUCAUUUGGAAAGAAGAGAAGGAUUCCAGAGGUGUUUGAGGAAAAAGCUUCCUUGAGCAGCCCUUCCCUGCAGGAAGGCCUCAACUCUUCCUGUUCCGCUGCUUUUGUUGGGCCUGGAGGCCAGGAUGCAAAGGAGAACCUCCCGGUUCCAGCCUCCCAGCUGUGGGUCCCAUGAACCCCUACCUGCCUUUCAGCACUUGGAUGAACACAGACCCACUGAUCCUUCUGUGUAGUUUUCCUCUCUCAGACA